AUGAAGUGGAUAAUUUUUAGUAUCAUAUUAGUAACAUGGAAUUAUAUAAUAUUUUGUCAGGAUAUUGUAUUUCCAAAUGACGAAGAGACUUCUCAUGUGAGCGGCAACGCGGCGAUAACAGAACGUAUUCCAGUUGCUGCACCAAAUAUAUGUCCUAAAGACAUGCUUCUUUAUCCUGGAGAUGGAAAUAAAAGUACAUGGGUAUGUGAUUGUAGACCCAGAUUUCUAUAUUUUCCAUUGAAUAAUAGUUGUUACGAAGCAUACAGACAAGGACCAUGUCCACCACAGAAUUAUGUUGUGCUGCCUAAGAAUGAAGCUAUACCAAAAUGUGUAAAAAAUCCUUGCUUGGAAGACGGCUUAGUGCAAUAUAAUAAUAUAUGUUAUCCUUUAAGAACUACAGGUGGCCCUUGUGCUCCUGAUGGUGUAAUAGGAGUAAAUGAAACUACAUUUGAUUUAGAAUGUAUAUCAACACAUAUUGCACCAUUCGUAAUUAUCGACCCACUUACAAAGAAGUGCCCUACAGGAAGUCGUAGGAAUUCUCUUGGAAUAUGCAAAACAAUCAUAAAUUUUUCAUCUGACACUAAUAAAUUUUCCAUCUUUUUCUGA